GUGUCUCAGAAAGGUUAACACAUAGAAGCCAAGAUCAUGGGGAAUUCAUAUGCAGGGCAACUGAAAUCUGCCCGAUUUGAAGAAGCCCUUCAUAAUUCAAUAGAAGCAUCCCUGAGAUGUAGUAGUGUUGUACCAAGGCCAAUUUUUUCUCAGCUCUAUUUGGACCCUGACCAGCACCCCUUCUCUCCUGCAGAUGUCAAGCCCAAAGUGGAAGAUCUGGAUAAAGAACUGGUACACCGCUACACUCAAAAUGGGAGUUUGGACUUUUCUAACAACCCAACUGUUAAUGAAAUGGAAGAUGAAGAUGAAGAUGAAGAAAUGUCAGAUUCAAAUAGCCCACCAAUUCCCUAUUCACAAAAGCCUGCCCCAGAAGGGUCUUGCACUACAGAUGGUUUUUGUCAAGCAGGAAAAGAUUUACGUUUAGUGUCCCUGUGUAUGGAACAAAUUGAGAUCCCAGCAGGUUUCCUGCUAGUGGGUGCCAAGUCUCCAAAUCUUCCCGAACAUAUUUUAGUUUGUGCUGUAGACAAGAGAUUCCUGCCAGAUGAUCAUGGAAAAAAUGCACUUUUAGGGUUUUCUGGAAACUGCAUAGGCUGUGGAGAAAGAGGAUUUCGGUAUUUCACGGAGUUUUCCAACCAUAUCAACUUAAAGCUCACCACACAGCCAAAAAAGCAGAAGCACUUAAAGUACUACCUGGUCAGAAGUUCCCAGGGUGUCCUGUCAAAGGGGCCUCUGAUCUGUUGGAAAGAAUGUAGAAGCCGACAAUCCUCUGCUGCUUGCCACUCUGCUAAACCAAAUUCUUCAGUGUCAUCAACGGUAACCCCAGAAAAUGGAACAACAAAUGGAUACAAAUCAGGAUUCACCCAAACAGACUCACCAGUCCUCAGUCCAGCUAAUUCAGCUGUUAAUUUAAGUGGAACUCAGGAUCUGCCCAGGAACAAGAACCUUGUGAAACCACUGGCUUUAUCUUUGCAGAUUGUAGGGAAGACGUUCACUUCAGAUGCUGCUAAUGGGAACAGUAGUAAUGGAGGGAGAACAACUACGUCCAGUUCCACCCCUGCUCGCCCGAUGCCUCAUUCUGUGUCACCCAGACCUGUCUAUGCUGCAGGAGACCAAGCAUCCAUGUCCAGUUCAGGGCCACCAAAGAAACGACAUCGGGGAUGGUAUCCUGGAUCACCUGUCCCUCCACCUGCUAUAGUUGUUCCCGUUCCUACAGUCCGACCUCUUGCAAGAACUGAGCCCCUUUUGUCUGUUCCUGUUCCGCAGUCCAUGUUAACUGGAAUUUUACAACCUCGGCCCAUUCCUGCAGGGGAAACUGUAAUUGUUCCUGAAAACUUGCUGAGUAACUCAGGAGUCAGACCGGUGAUUCUGAUAGGUUAUGGCACUUUACCCUAUUUCUAUGGAAAUGUUGGUGAUAUUGUAGUCAGUCCCUUGCUUGUGAAUUGCUACAAGAUUCCACAUCUGGAAAAUAGAGAAUUGGAGCAGUUGGGAUUGAAUGGAAGCCAGUUAUUAAGCGUGGAAAACAUGAUUCUUCUAACUAUACAGUAUCUUGUGCGGCUGGGUCCUGAUCAGAUACCUCUCAGGGAAGAAUUUGAGCAGAUCAUGCUGAAAGCUAUGCAGGAAUUUACUCUUAGAGAGAGAUCCUUGCAGAUGAGUGCUCAGUGCAUCUCUGUGUCACCAGGUCAGCUCCCCUGGCUUGCUAGACUAAUUGCCAGUGUAUCUCAAGAUCUGGUUCAUGUGAUUGUCACCCAGAAUUCUCUGGCUGAGGGCAUUUCAGAGACACUGAGAACUCUCAGUGAAAUGAGACAUCAACAAAGACUACCAGACUACGUGGUGGCAAUCUGCUCAUCAAAGAUCAGAGGAAAUGAAUUUUGUGUGGUGGUCCUAGGUCAGUAUCAGUCCAGAGCCUUGGCAGAGAGCAUGCUUACCACAAGUGAGUUUUUGAAAGAGAUUAGUUAUGAGCUCAUCACAGGAAAGGUCAGUUUCCUGGCAUCCCAUUUCAAAAACACCUCUUUAGGUGAUGAUCUAGAUAAAUUACUAGAGAAAAUGCAGCAGAGAAGAGGGGACAAUGUGGUUACCCCUUUCAAUGGCGAUGUUAAUGAAUGUGUAUCAUCUCAGGAGGCAGCCGCCAUGAUUCCCACACAGAACUUGGAUGUAGAUAAUGACACCUUCCAAAUUUAUCAACCACAGCUCACAGUUGCCAGAAAACUCUUAUCUCAGGUGUGUGCCAUAGCGGACAGCGGCAACCAAAGCCUGGACCUGGGCCACUUCAGCAAGGUGGAUUUUAUCAUUAUAGUCCCACGUUCAGAAAUUCUAGUACAACAAACUCUUCAACGAAUUCGACAAUCAGGUGUUCUUGUAGACUUGGGUCUGGAAGAAAAUGGAUCGGCUUAUCAGAGAGCAGAGAAAUAUGUUGUUCGGCUGGAUAAUGAGAUUCAAAGCAAGUUUGAAGUUUUUAUGAGAAGAGUCAAACAGAAUCCAUACACACUGUUUGUCUUGGUUCAUGACAACUCUCAUGUGGAGCUGACAAGUGUCAUCUCGGGCUCCCUGUCCCAUGGGGAACCGAGUCAUGGGUUGGCUGAUAGAGUUAUUAAUUGCCGAGAAGUCCUCGAAGCCUUCAACCUUCUUGUGCUCCAAGUUAGCUCCUUCCCAUAUGCCAUGCAAACGCAACAGUCCAGAAUAAGCUCUGCCAAUGAGGUGCAUUGGAUACCACUGGAUAGUGUGGAGGACAUGGGCAGUGAGGAGAAGCUGUAUUUUGGCUUGAAUGAGUACAGCAAGUCCCUGCAGUGGGGAAUCACUAGUCCACUUCUAAGAUGUGACGAAACGUUUGAGAAAAUGGUCAACACGCUCUUAGAAAGGUACCCCAGGCUUCAUAGCAUGGUCAUUCGCUGCUACCUUCUCAUUCAACAGUACUCAGAAGCAUUGAUGGCCCUCACCACCAUGGCAUCUCUCCGAGACCACAGUACUCCAGAAACACUCAGCAUCAUGGAUGACCUCAUCAGCUCGCCAGGAAAGGACAAGAGUGGGCGGGGGCACAUGCUGAUCAUCAGGGUGCCUUCAGUGCAGCUGGCUAUGCUGGCAAAGGAGAGGUUGCAGGAGGUGCGGGAUAAGCUGGGCCUCCAGUACCGCUUUGAAAUCAUCCUUGGGAACCCAGCUUCAGAACUAAAUGUUGCCAGUCACUUCGUGGCACGGUUAAAGAGUUGGAGAAGAAAUGAACAAGAAGAAUGGAUCCCUCGGACCUAUCAGGAUUUAGAAGGUCUACCUUGUAUUGUAAUAUUAACUGGAAAAGACCCUCUUGGAGAAACUUUUCCCAGGUCCUUGAAGUACUGUGACCUCCGGUUAAUUGACUCGAGCUAUUUAACUCGAACCGCCUUAGAACAGGAGGUGGGCCUGGCAUGUUGCUAUGUCUCUAAGGAAGUCAUCCGAGGGCCCAUCGUUGCUCUGGAUCUUAGUGAGAAGGAGCAUGAGAGAACCAGUGUCAGCGAAAAUGACUCUGAUGAGCUGCUGAUUGAUUUGGAAAGGCCCCAGAGCAAUAGCAGUGCAGUCACUGGAACUUCAGGUUCCAUAGCAGAGAACGGAGUGAGUUCCUCUUGUGCAGCCCAGAAGCAAAGUUUCCAAAAUGCAGCCAACAGCUCAAGGCUUGAUGAAGGGGUUACUCCAGAAUCCCCCCCGGGAGAACCUUUGAAGCAAGAGUGUGAUUCCCUGGGCCAUCAGAUGGCAAGCAGCACCACCUCCAAGCCUUCCUCUUCCUCCUCCACAUCCCGGACUUUCCAGUGGCCGGGGCAACCCGCCAAAGGCUGCAGGGGUUUGCAUGUGUCCCUUCCACGCAUUGUGAUACUGUCCAAAGCUGCCUACUGCCUCCUGGGCGCUCAGAGGAGUGGGCAGUUGCCUUCCUCUUCUUCCCUCCUUCCCCACGCUGACGUGUCAUGGGUGAGCUCUUUGAGACCCUUUCUGCACAAGGAUAUGACCAGUGAGGAGCAGUCCCUGUACUACCGCCAGUGGACAGCUGCCCGGCAGCAUCAUGCUGACUACAGCAACCAGGGGGAUGCCACUGGCUCCCGGAGCUUCCAUCCCCGCAGGCUGCUGCUCACAGGGCCCCCACAGGUGGGAAAGACUGGCUCCUAUCUGCAGUUCCUAAGGAUUCUCUUCCGCAUGCUCAUCAGGUUACUGGAGGUCGAUGUGUAUGACGAGGAAGAGAUUAAUAUCAGUCACAGUGAGAACAGUGAGAUCACUCUGUCGGAAAGGGAUCCGUGGCCCGACAUUGAGAACUUCGGCAAAAUGCCUUUUGAUGUCAGUGUACAUGAUCCCAAGUACAAUCUGAUGAGUCCAGUGUUCACUGAAAAGUUGGCUGGAAUCAAGCAAGAAGCAAAAAAGGAUGCCAAAUUUGAGGAGUCCAGGAAACGGGAAACCAUCUCCAUGAUGCUGACCAAGUAUGCUGCUUACAACACGUUCCAUCACUGCGAACAAUGCCACCAGUACAUGGACAUCAGCCCUGCAUCCCAGAUGUCCGAUUCUACCCUUCACGCAUUCACAUUCUCUUCCUCCAUGUUGGGAGAAGAGGUUCAGCUCCACUUCAUCAUCCCCAAAUCCAAAGAAAGCCAUUUUGUCUUCAGCAAGCAAGGCAAACACCUGGAGAGUAUGCGGCUGCCUCUGGUGUCUGACAAGAAUUUGAGCGUUGUCAAGAGCCCGAUCUUCACUCCCUCCAGCGGACGACACGAACAAGGCCUGCUCAACCUUUACCAUGCAAUGGAAGGCAUCAGCCACCUUCACCUCCUAGUGAUCAAGGAGUAUGAGAUGCCACUAUAUCGCAAGUACUGGCCCAACCACAUUAUGCUGGUGCUUCCCGGCACAUUCAACAAUGCUGGUGCUGGUGCUGCAAGGUUCCUCAUUAAGGAGCUCUCCUACCACAACCUCGAACUGGAGAGAAGCCGCCUGGAGGAACUGGGAGUCAAACGCCAAUGCGUCUGGCCUUUCAUAGUGAUCAUGGAUGACUCCUGUGUCCUGUGGAACAUUCACAGUGCCCAGGAACCGUCCAGCCAGCCCAUGGAUUCAGGAAUUACCAGUAAGAAUGUGUCCUUAAAGACUGUCCUGCAGCAUCUUGAAGCCACCCCAAAGAUUGUGCAUUAUGCCAUCCUGGGGAUACAGAAGUGGAACAGCAAGCUGAGUUCUAGAAGCCUCAAGUCUCCCUUCUCUCGGUGCCAUGUACAUGACUUCGUACUGCUCAAUAUAGACUUGACGCAGAAUGUGCAAUAUGAUCUCAACAGGUACUUUUGUGAAGAUGUUGACUUUAACUUGAGAACCAACAGCAGUGGUCUGCUUAUUUGCCGAUUUAACAACUUCAGUCUCAUGAAAAAACACAUCCAGGUUGGAGGACAAAAGGACUUCAACGUCAAACCAAAAAUCAGUCUACCUGAAAGUGUAGCACCCAUCUUGCCUCUUCAGUACGUCUGCGCUCCAGACAGUGAGCAUACUCUCCUAGCAGCUCCAGCCCAGUUUCUCCUUGAGAAGUUCCUUCAGCAUGCCACAUACAAACUCUUCCCAAAAGCCAUCCAUAAUUACAGGAGCCCCAUCUUGGCCAUCGAUUGCUACCUGAACGUUGGACCAGAGGUGGCCAUAUGCUAUGUGAGCUCAAGACCACACUCCAUCAAUGUCAACUGUGAAGGGGUAUUUUUCAGCGGACUUCUUUUGUACCUCUGUGACUCUUUCGUAGGUGCUGACCUUCUUAAGAAAUUUAAGUUCCUCAAAGGUGCUACCUUGUGUGUCAUCUGCCAAGAUAGAAGUUCUUUACGGCAAACAAUUGUCCGCUUAGAACUAGAAGACGAAUGGCAGUUCCGACUUAGGGACGAAUUUCAAACAGCCAACAGCAGCGAGGACAAGCCUCUCUACUUUCUUACUGGACGCCAUGUCUGAGCGAGAGAAGGACCAGAAUUGAGGUGUGGGAGGGAGGAGGCAGAUGAUCAAGUGGGAUUUCUUUUUCUUUCUUAAGUACAAUCACUGUGGAGCAAAGUGCAACUGUUGUGACUUUAGGAUGCCCUCCAAAGACCCACACACACCUGACCUGGAUACCCCAAGGGCAUCAAUGCCACUUCAGCUCCAAUACCAGGACCUGGGAUUUUAGGGUGACUCCACCCUAGACAGUUAUGCAAACUACUUAGAAAACGGCCUGCCAGCUGUGACUGAAGUGACACACUUUGGACAAUGAAGAGCUUGAGGCUCUCAGAGUCGUUUUGUUUUGUUGUUUUUUUGAGGGGUGUUUUGUUUC